AUGUCCAUGGACGGGACGGGAUGGGACAGUCCAGGACACUCUAACGUAGGGCUAAAUGCCUCUAUACAUGCUCAAACUAACGCAAGUCACCCUAGUCAGAAUACAACUUUUAAAGAAGCGAAAAAAGAUGAUGGUUGGACUAUUAUUAAGAAGACUCAACAUUUUAGUAUUAAGGUGAUUCGAGCAACAUAUGAAAUAAAAGCACAAGCAGCUGAAGUUUGUGCCAAGAAAAUUGCAGAUGAUAAUGAUGUAAGAUUUGCUAAAUUAGAAGUAAUCAACAAUCAGCAAAAUGAUAAUCUUAAUGAUUAUGAAAUUAAAAUCUGGGAUGUUCCACUAGAUGUGAACAAGUAG